CCGUAACUGAAGCUUCAGGUGUAGUAACCUGUCAGCCUGACCCGGGUAGUCCAGCAGUAGCUCCAGCAGCUCCAGAGGCCCCAGCAGCUCCAGCAGCUCCAGAGGCUCCAGCAGCUCCAGCAGCUCCAGCAGCUCUUGAGACAAGAUGGCCGUAACAGAAGAGAUGUACAACCUGUUGGACUACUACAACGACUAUGACUACGACAAUUCCAGUUUUAGUCCCCCGUGUUCCUUCAAAAUGAACAACGGCGUGAGCCUCGUAGUCGGCCCGUAUGUUCACUCCAUCAUCUUCAUCCUAGGUUUUGUUGGGAAUAGCCUGGUCAUCGUCACCUACAUGUUCUACAAGAGGACCAAGUCCAUGACUGACAUCUACCUGCUCAACGUGGCCAUCGCUGACCUGCUGUUCGUGCUGUCGCUGCCGCUGCUCGUCUACAAUGACAUGUCAUCGUGGCCCAUGGGGUCAGUGGCGUGCAAGCUGCUGCGUGGUUCCUACAGUGUGAAUCUGUACAGUGGCAUGCUGCUGCUGGCCUGCAUCAGCACCGACCGCUACAUCGCCAUCGUGCAGGCCCGCCGCAGCUUCGGGCUGCGCUCACUGUCCUACAGCCGCAUCAUCUGUGUCGUCAUCUGGGCUUUCGCUUUGUUGGUGUCCGUGCCCACCUUCUAUUUCUACCAGAGGUACACGCCGGGGCACAUGAUGCUCAACGGCUCAAAUUUCACGGCUCAAAACCUGACGGGUCAGUGGGCCGUCUGUGAAUUCAAGAGUGAGAAUAAAGAGCUCGCCGUGGUGGCCAAGCUGGCCAUUCCCAGCAUCCAACUGGCGGUAGGCUUCUUCCUGCCGCUGCUCAUCAUGGUCUUCUGCUACACUGCCGUCAUCGUUACGCUGAUGAAGGCCAAGAACUUCCAGCGACACAAGGCGGUGCGGGUGGUGAUGGCAGUAGUGGUGGUGUUUGUGCUGUGCCACCUGCCCUACAACGUGGGUCUGCUCUACGAAACCGCCAUCAAGUUCCAAAUCGGUGAAUGCGACGAUGUGGACAUACUGCAGACAGCGCUGACCGUCAUGCAGUCCAUCGCAUACCUGCACUGCUGCCUCAACCCGGUGCUGUACGCCUUUGUGGGGGUCAGGUUCAGGAACCACUUCAGGAGGAUCUUCCAGGACCUGUGGUGUCUGGGGAAGAAGUAUAUCACUCCCCGCCGCUUCUCCAGAGUCACCUCUGAGAUGUAUGUUUCCUCAGUGCGCCGCUCGGUGGACGGAUCCAAUGACACCGGCUCUUCCUUCACCAUGUGAGGACCUGCAGAAGAGCAGAGCUUCAGGCCUGAAGGACUCUGGAGACUGGACUCGGGUCCAUGAAUCACCUCAUGUUUGAGAGCUUCUGAAACCACACAUGACCAACUUCAAGAGUGCCAGAAGAGACUGAAUGAGACCUCAGAAGUGAUUGUAUUUUUUACAUUUGUUUUGAUCAUUUAGUCAUGUACUGCCUUCCAUCUUUUUACGAUUGCAUCAUGUGAGAGCUGACAACAACUUAACAAUCCUGUUUUUGUUUUGUCAAACAUAAUAAAAAUCACAUGAUCAUAAUGUGACCGGGUGUCACUGGUUUGGGUCUCACCGGGCCAGGUCUGAGUGGUCCAGGUCUCCUUGGCCAUGCCUGUGGACGGGCUGCUUUCUUCAUCUCUGCAGAGUUCCGGGUCGAUUUUUGAGGAAAAAUACAAAUA